ACGUGUGUUUACCUGGAAUGACAACAAGGAUCUCUUGCUGCUUAAGGAAAUAGCUGCUGAGGGUGUCCUGCAGCAUAAAUCAAAGUCGAGGGAGAGGGGAGCAUGUUGGCUUGUGGCAAAUAAUUUAGGGAACAACUUCCCAAAUGUUGAGGUCACAUCACGUGCUGUGCGAGACAGAUACAGAAUGUUUGAGAGGAGGCAUAAGAGUAAAAUGGCAGAAGAAGAGAGAGCAACUGGGAUAAGUGGGGAGGAAUUAACAGAAGGAGAUGCAUUAUUGGAGGAGCUGACUGAGAUGAAUGAGGAGACAGAAUGA